GGAACCGAGGAGAGGGCAGGGCCAGGGACUUGGUGAGGGCUCAGGAUGGGGGGGUUCCCGGGUGAGGAAGCAGCUAGGGGUGGGUGGGGGCCAAGGUGGGGGGACCAGGUGACGGGGUAGCCUGGGGUGAGGACGUCGCUCAGUAGAGCAGCGAGGGGCGAGGGUCUCGCCAGGGCGGUGGCGGGGACGGCACUGGGAGGAGGGGACCGAGGCUGACCUGUCUGUGGGGGAUGGGAUUCGGAGCCCGGUCGAAUUUGGGGGCGGGUCUGGUCCUGGGGAAGGUUCGGGGGCGGACCUGGUCUUGGGGAGGGUUUGGGGGCGGGUCUGGCUCUGAGGAGGGCUUGGGGCCGGCCUGGUUGUGAGGAUGGUUUGGGGGCGGGCCGGGUCCUGAGGAGGGUUUGGGGCGGGCGUGGUGGGGAGGGGGCGGGUCUAGUUUUGGGGAACGCCCCGCCCGCCGCCUGGCCCCGCCCGGCCCACUGGGCCCGCGUCCCGCAGGAGCCGCAGACAGAGCGUCCGGUGGCCGGGAGGGACUCGGACCCACAGCCUGACGCACGGACGGAGGGACGCCGGAGCCCGCCCGACCAUGUGGAAGCUCGGCCGGGGCCGGGUGCUGCUGGACGAGCCCCCCGAGGAGGAGGACGGCCUGCGUAGGGGGCCGCCACCGGCCGCUGCCGCCGCCCAGGCGCAGGUUCAGGGAGCAAGUUUCCGAGGUUGGAAAGAAGUGACUUCACUGUUUAAUAAAGAUGAUGAGCAGCAUCUCCUGGAAAGAUGUAAAUCUCCCAAGUCCAAAGGAACUAACUUACGAUUAAAAGAAGAGUUGAAGGCAGAGAAGAAAUCUGGAUUUUGGGACAAUUUGGUUUUAAAACAGAAUAUACAGUCUAAAAAACCAGAUGAAAUUGAAGGUUGGGAGCCUCCAAAACUUGCUCUUGAAGACAUAUCGGCUGACCCUGAGGACACCAUGGGUGGCCACCCAUCCUGGUCAGGCUGGGAGGAUGACGCCAAGGGCUCGACCAAGUAUACCAGCCUGGCCAGCUCUGCAAACAGCUCCAGGUGGAGCCUGCGCUCGGCAGGGAGGCUGGUGAGCAUCCGACGGCAGAGUAAAGGCCACCUGACGGACAGCCCGGAGGAGGUGGAGUGAGGGGGCUGCGUGGCAAGUGUGCCCCGACGUGGUGGCCUUUUAUUAGUAUACCAUGUAGUUGUUGAGUCUUUUCUGUUAGAAGGAAUAGAGUCUACUUUUUGCCUAUAUUUCAUAUUUGGACCUCUGUUUCAUUGUUUAAUGAACUCUCUCUCACACACACUGUGACUCCUUGGUGAACACGUGCAGGGAUUGUACAUUUGAUUGCCUUAUUGCAGAAAUACCCAUCAGUCCAUGUUUUGCAGAAACUGGAGAUGUGAAUUUUUGAUGCUGUCCCAUAAUACAGCAGUAAUGAUUUGCAGGUUGCCACAAAUCAUCUUCAUGCUGCUCUCUCGUCGUUCUGUUUCAGAACUUCUAUCCCUUUUUCUUGUAUGUAGCACAUACAAAUGCAGCAGUCAUGCAGUUCUUUUCUUUUGCCAGAAAAUUACAGUCAGGAGGUAAGAUGAAUCUUCCAAAGUUAGGUUAAAUUUUGUUUAACUUGACAAAUUCAACUUUGUUCUUAUUAAACAAAUAUUUAAACAAAUACUGGAAAGGCAAAGGUUAUAUUUGGGUGUAAAAUGUCAGUAUCUUAAAAUGCAUGUUCAUCUUUUGCUGAGGGAGGAAUAGCCUCUUGUGUGUGCACUGGAUAGUAACCAUGGUUCUUUUUUGGAAUUUUAUUUUUACCUCUUUUGAACUUCUAAAUCGGUUCCUUUAUUUUCUUAAAACAUUUGCUCUCUCUUUUGUUUACAGAUUAAAGAAGUAUGAUGAUAAUUUUAUUUAGGAAACAUUGUCUUGCUCAUUAUAGAGUGAAGACUGUGCAUAAAAUACUGAAGUGCCUCUUUUUUAUUAGGCUCAUAUGUUUGUUCUUGCAAAGCGAGAUGCCGAUUGUGAUCGGUGUUAGAUCUGUAAGAAGCUGUGUCUUCUCCACAAGAACUGACGGCCAGUUUGAGAGCAUCUCGGUCGUUCUUUUUCUGUCUGCUUUACUGUCCUUGACAAUGUGAUCCUGCACAGUAUCAGGUGCCAGUUAUGUGUCCCUGGCAGGUCGGCGCUUAUUAGCAAGUCCUGCAGAUAUCUAUCUUAGGUAAAAGUGGUUUGAAAGAAAAGGUAUAUUUUUCUUUUUUGUUUAAAAGCAAAAUAAAACCUCCAGUUACACUGUGCAUUCCCCUCACGUACAAACAAGACAAAAACCCUUUCCUGAGUUGCUCGGCAUGCACUUGUGUGCUGUUUCAUGCGUGUGGAUGUUCCUUCCACUUGUUCCUGUGGAAUAACUGAGUGUGCCUGAUGGCAGAACACACUGCAGUGUUACCAGCGUCUGCAUGUUUUUUAAUAGAACAGGUUUACUUGAUCUGUCAUCUGUUAUGGAAAAAACAGCAAUUACUUUUGCAUCAACCUAAUACAUCCAUUCAUCUAGCUAAAUCUAUAAUCUGUAUCAAUCGCUUAUACCUAUCAAUCAUCUGUAUCUAUUCACCUACCCUCUGUCUGUCAUCUCUCAGUCUGCAUCCAUCUAACCUUCUGUCAAUCAUCUACUUUUUUUAAUAGAAUAAGAAUUUUACUUAUCAAGUCUUGAAAGGGGGACAUGCUUCAAGUGGUGUUCAAACAAAAAUUCCAGUUUGUAUUAGAACCUUGAAAUGGUGAAGUUGUGGAGGUUUUCUUUGUUCCAUAAUACAGAGACAAGUUCAUAAUUUUUAGUAUAACAGUUAAGUUGACAAAUUCUAAGUUUCCUCAGGUAAACAGUCAUAACUGUCUUUCUCCCUAGAGAAGUGCUUGCUGGGAGAGUAAAAACAUUCACCAUUUCAUGACUUCUGCAAAUACUUUCAAGCGGAAGUCAGUGUAGGCUUGUUUUUGGCUAACAUGGUCUUGCUGCGCAGGAAUGUAAACGCUGUGUUUGAAACUCUGGAAAUCACACGUGUGUGGGGAGAUGGGGAUGCUGCCCACGUAGUGGGGAGCUCUGGUGUGAUGGCAGCGGUUGCUGUGCCUCUGUUGGAACGCUAAGUGCCUGCAACUCACGUCAAUCAUAGAAUUGUGACGCACAGUUGGCAAAAUAGUUCUUUAUGCUAUUUCUCAAAAUUUGAGGACAAACCCAGAUUGGGAUUGGAAUGUACACUGUAAAUCAAAUUUUUCUUAUCUACAAAGACUAAUGUAAAAAUGAUUUUUUCUUCUGUGCCUGAUUAACUGUGGUUUUUAAUAUAAAUAUUUAUUGGUGUGCUUUGGGAGAAAAAAAUAUCUUUUCUUGAAAGAACUUACCAAAGCAAAUUUGUUAUCUUCACAAGUUAAUAGGAGAAUGUGGUUUUUAUGCUGGGUGUUUGAAUUGUGUAAACACACAGCUUCCCUGUGUGGAGACAGUUGUCCUGUGCUCCUUCUACUGUACUUUUUAAAUUUUUUAAUAGGAAAGUGAUGGGCUUCAGAGAAGGGUUCCUCCUUAGUGUUGAGGCUUUUUAAAAAUAAAAAUAUUGUUUCUAAGCUCUUUCAUUAUUGGUUUGCAUGAUUAUUGGCAUCUGCUUACGAUGGCUUUAAUCACUCAGAGCUAAUGGCACCUUUCCUAUUUAGCCUCAUUUUAGAAUGCAGUAAACACAUGUGGACUUUUCACGAAUAAAUGAGCAACUUCAACCUUGGUUUUCAAGAUGUGUCUUUUGCGUAUUUGAAUGGCCUGUGUGUGACUGAGUCCUCGGUGCAGGGCCCUCCACUCCGGAGGGCAACAGUGUGGCUGGGCACCCCGGCUGCUGUUUUUGGUUCUUUAUUUCAUGAGUUCUGUCCUUAAGCAAGAUUUUACUCCUUCAAGUGGAGAAACAUGAACAUAGUAGCAACAAUUCAUUUCUAUUUAUCUUUAAGAAAAUGACCAUCUCUUAGAAAGAAGUCUUUUAGAAAGCAGCGGCCUGUUCUAGAGAACGCUGCUCACUUCCCGUGGGAGCGGGACCCUGGAGCCUGCAGUGCCUUUGAGGCUGUUUUUGGGGUGCAGAUGCUUUGCAGGGAGGCGCAGGGCCAUGUGGGAUCCCUCUUCUCAGACCUGCAUCCUGAGCAGGUGGACUCCCUGGCCUUCCUCGCUGACCGCAUGGGUGAGUGUGGCCUGCACUGUCACCUACUCCGCCCUCGCCGGGGAGCAUGGAUGGCAUGGGUGCCCACUCUGCCCCCCCCAGCCUUGCCUGGUGCCCUCAGAGCCUAAGCCUGAGCUUCUCACCCACACCUGCCAUGUAAUUCCGAUCGUCCUCUGGCUGUCUCACAGGUGAGGGAACCGUUCUGCCCUCUCUUACUCUCCCAGUUCAGUUUUAGCCAUGAAUGCGCUUUGAGUUUUUUUGGUCAUUCUUCAGUUGAUAUUUGCUUGAUCAACCAAAAGACCAGCCAGCAGGGCACACUUGAGUCAGCUCUGAAGAGAUCAGUUGGCUAAGAUGAUUUUUCCAGAUCAACAUUAACUUGAUCAUUUUCAAAAAACAACAACAAAGAAAACCUCAACUGCAGAGUGCACUCUAGUCUGGGUGACAGAGUGAGGCCCUGUAAAAACAAAACAAAAAAAUGCUCGGAGUAGUCCAAAGGUUGUUUAAACAGUGCUGAAUGACUGAGAUAGCUUGCUGCUGCUGUUUUUUUCCUUAUGGUAAAAAACCAGUUUUAGCCCAGCUGAUGAGGUAGGAAUGCACUGUGAGCGGCCUCGGCCUCAGCGGAAACGGAGUGGCCGUCCUCAUCCAGGUGCUGUGUUGCUUGGUAGAAGUGUCUCUGCCUGGGGCUGCGACUUGCGACGUGAACUCUCUGACCCAGCACCCGCCAGAACCAACAUCUGGGGAUUUAAACUGCAGCAACAAGUGAUUCCCCUCUUGGCCUGUGGUUCUGUCAUCCCAAAAUUGUUCAUAAUGGUGGAUAUGAGACAUCAAAACGAGGGCUGAAUCAGAUGAAAUUAUGCUCAAUUCAGCCUCAGAUUUAAGUGAUUUAUUGUUUUCUAGUUCUUCAUACCUACUAGAGCUGCUGUGGUGGCUUUGUCAGUGGUUGGCAGUGGCCGCCAGCCCUCACCCUGCCACUGGGGCCUUGUGCAUUGACAUCUGGUUGUUGCUGGCAGCCCUGAGGGGCACAGGGGCAGGCCACCGCCACCACCUCUCACUGGCCACUGGGCUCAGGACUGCUCUGCUGUUAGGGAAGCUGCAAGUCCAGCCAGUUGACUGCACCUA